CGGGGCGGCUCCUGGUCGUUCCUCAAUGGGCUCGGGGGGCGCGGUGCCCCGGCACCCGAGCUGGCAUGGAUGCAUAAUGUAAUCAGAAGACUGUAGUAAAGUAGCUGAAGUCAAGAAUGGAAGUUAAACUUCUGAACUUUUAAAGAGGAUUUUAUUCACUUCUCUAACAAAGGCAGAGGGAAGAAAUAUUUUCUGCACUUCAUCUUUUUCAACCACCCUUCCUGAUGGAAAUAAAUUUGCUUUUGACUAUUAUUUCGUUUGUUUCAUGAUUGAUGUCCAGUGGUGAUUAAACUGAUAAAAGAUUGCCCUCUCAGAGAAAAUUAAUCUGUGGGAUUUUGUUUCUUUUGGAGCAACAACUCAAUGAACUGAUGAUAGCAGUUAAAGUUCAUUUGGCAGCUGACUUUGUCACAGUAACAAGUGACUGCAAGAAGUGACAAACUGCAAAGGAUUUGAAUGUUCCCUGGCUACUGAGAAUAUGCACAGUAUCUCAGAUAUUGGAGUGGCUGCAGUUUCAACAUAGAUCAGUUUUAGUGCUUGUAAAGAUGUCGGUUAGCGCAACAGAGAGUGACCCUCCUAGAUUCUUUGUUGGUGGUGAAGAUGGAGAUGAAUUAUUGGAUUCAUCCAGAUCUGCUGACUUUGAUCAUUUCUAUGACCAUGCAGAAGAGGAGGAUGAAGAGUAUGAUUCUCCACCAGAAAGGCUGAUUGUGGUUGGGAUAUGUUCCAUGGCAAAGAAAUCCAAGUCUAAACCAAUGAACGAAAUUCUGGAACGCCUCUCCAUGUUUAAGUACAUCACAGUGGUAAUAUUUGAAGAGGAUGUCAUUUUGAAUGAACCUGUAGAAAACUGGCCUUUAUGUGACUGUCUCAUUUCUUUUCAUUCUAAAGGAUUUCCACUGGACAAAGCAGUUGCCUAUGCAAAACUCAGGAAUCCAUUUGUAAUCAAUGACUUGAAUAUGCAGUAUCACAUACAAGACAGGAGAGAAGUGUAUAGCAUCCUCAAAGCUGAAGGCAUUUUACUUCCUCGUUAUGCAAUUCUGAACCGUGAUCCAAACAAUCCCAAAGAAUGCAGUUUGAUUGAAGGAGAAGACCAAGUGGAGGUGAAUGGGGAAGUUUUCCAAAAGCCAUUUGUAGAGAAGCCAGUGAGUGCCGAGGACCACAAUGUAUACAUUUAUUAUCCAACAUCUGCCGGCGGUGGAAGCCAGAGGCUUUUUCGAAAGAUUGGCAGCAGGAGCAGUGUUUAUUCCCCUGAAAGCAAUGUGAGAAAAACGGGCUCGUACAUUUAUGAGGAGUUCAUGCCUACAGAUGGCACUGAUGUAAAGGUGUACACAGUUGGUCCAGACUAUGCACAUGCUGAAGCUAGGAAGUCCCCAGCUUUGGAUGGCAAGGUAGAACGAGACAGUGAAGGAAAAGAAGUGAGAUAUCCAGUCAUUCUGAAUGCAAGGGAGAAGUUGAUUGCUUGGAAAGUGUGCCUUGCAUUUAAGCAAACAGUUUGUGGCUUUGACUUGUUGCGUGCUAAUGGACAAUCCUAUGUCUGUGACGUCAAUGGCUUCAGUUUUGUGAAGAACUCCAUGAAAUACUAUGAUGAUUGUGCGAAGAUACUUGGAAAUAUCAUAAUGCGAGAACUUGCUCCACAAUUUCAAAUCCCAUGGUCAAUACCUUUGGAAGCUGAAGAUAUCCCUAUUGUGCCAACCACAUCGGGAACAAUGAUGGAGUUGAGAUGUGUUAUAGCUGUAAUACGUCAUGGGGACCGUACACCAAAACAAAAAAUGAAAAUGGAAGUUAAACAUCAGAAAUUUUUUGAUCUCUUUGAAAAAUGUGAUGGAUAUAAGUCAGGAAAACUAAAACUGAAGAAACCAAAACAGUUACAGGAGGUGCUUGAUAUAGCAAGACAGCUCUUAAUAGAACUUGGGCAAAACAAUGACUCUGAAAUUGAAGAAAGCAAAGCAAAACUUGAGCAGCUGAAGACUGUUUUGGAGAUGUAUGGGCAUUUUUCUGGCAUAAAUCGUAAAGUCCAGUUAACCUAUCUCCCUCAUGGCUGUCAGAAAACUUCUAGUGAAGAAGAAGAUAACAGAAGAGAUGAACCAUCCCUACUUCUGGUUCUGAAAUGGGGAGGAGAACUGACCCCUGCAGGCAGGGUCCAGGCAGAGGAGCUAGGGAGAGCUUUCAGAUGCAUGUACCCAGGUGGACAAGGAGAUUAUGCUGGAUUUCCUGGGUGUGGUUUGCUUAGAUUACAUAGUACUUAUCGACAUGAUCUGAAAAUCUAUGCUUCUGAUGAGGGACGAGUUCAGAUGACUGCAGCAGCUUUUGCAAAGGGAUUACUGGCUUUAGAGGGAGAGCUCACUCCUAUUCUUGUCCAGAUGGUGAAAAGUGCUAAUAUGAAUGGUCUGUUGGACAGUGACAGUGACUCUUUAAGCAGCUGCCAGCAUCGUGUUAAAGCAAGGCUCCAUGAAAUACUCCAGAGGGAUAGAGAAUUUAUGCCUGAAGACUAUGAAAAGCUUACUCCAUCUGGAAGCAUCUCUCUCAUGAAAUCAAUGAAGGUGAUCAGAAAUCCUGUGAGAACGUGUGACAAGGUUUAUUCCUUGAUCCAGAGUUUGACUUCUCAAAUCAGGCAGCGAAUGGAAGAUCCCAAGUCCGCGGAUAUUCAACUUUACCAUAGUGAAACGCUAGAGUUAAUGCUGCGCAGGUGGGCCAAGCUGGAAAAGGACUUUAAAACAAAGAAUGGAAGAUAUGACAUCAGCAAAAUCCCUGAUAUUUAUGACUGUAUAAAAUAUGAUGUCCAACAUAAUGGAUCCUUAAAAUUAGAAAACACAAUGGAAUUAUACAGGCUAUCAAAGGCAUUAGCUGACAUUGUGAUCCCUCAGGAAUAUGGUAUUUCCAAGGCUGAGAAACUGGAGAUUGCCAAAGGCUACUGCACUCCUUUAGUUAGGAAAAUUCGUUCUGACCUUCAGAGGACUCAGGAUGAUGACACUGUAAACAAGCUUCACCCUCUAUACUCCAGAGGCGUUAUGUCUCCUGAACGUCAUGUUCGUACUCGGUUAUAUUUCACAAGUGAGAGUCAUGUCCACUCCUUAUUAUCAACUCUUCGUUAUGGUGCCUUAUGUGAUGAAUCAAAAGAUGAACAGUGGAAACGAGCUAUGGACUAUCUAAAUAUUGUCAGUGAACUCAAUUACAUGACCCAGAUUGUUAUCAUGCUCUAUGAGGAUCCAAACAAGGAACUUUCUUCAGAGGAACGUUUUCAUGUGGAGCUUCACUUUAGUCCAGGAGCUAAAGGCUGUGAAGAGGAUAAAAACUUACCAGCUGGUUUUGGAUAUAGACCUGCCUCCCGAGAGAAUGAAGGCUCAAAGAAAACCUCCCAUAAAAAUGAUAGUGAUGAGGAGUCACAUACUUCUAAAAGAGAUGAAACGGAUCGAUCAAUAGUGGUAUUCAAGCCAAUGGUGUCAGACCCAAUUCACAUACACAGAAAGUCACCCCUUCCAAGAUCCCGGAAGAUUGGUUCUGUUGAAGGAGCAACUGAUUCCAGUGGCACAGUGGUUGAAGGUAAGAGAGCAAAUUGGCACUAUGCUUUGAGGGGUGGGGAAUGUGUGUUUUCCAGAGUCUUCAGAUAAGUGCCCUAAGACUUUUUGGGCUCCCAGUGUAGAGGCCAUGACACCAAGGAGUUGAGAAACUGUCAUAAAAGGUGCUCUAACAUCACAAUAGUGAAGCAAGUCAGUGAUGAUUGACUGUAUGCUAUUAAUAUAGUUGAACAGUAAAGACACUGUUGGUGCACACUAGUACCUAAGUGACACUGAGGCCUGGGCUACACUAGCAGCGGGGUUCAAACUAAGAUACGCAACUUCGACAUAUCUUAGUUCAACUUACCUGACCAUCCUCAUGGCGGUGACUCGACUGGCACAGCUCCUCCGUCGAUGUCACUUACUUCUCCUGCCGAAGUGGAGUACAGGCAUCAAUUAGCGGAUCGAUUUUAUCAUGUCCAGAUGAGACGCAAUAAAUCGAUCCCCGAUACAUCGAACACUGCCUGCUGAUCUGGCGGGUAGUAUAGACGUACCCUGAGUGUAGGUCUACGCUUAAAAUACCGCAGAGGUGUAGCUGCACUGCUGUAGCACUUCAGUGAAGACGCUACUCCACUGAGGGGAAAGCUACUCCCGUUGGUGUAGUUAAUCCACCUCCGCAAGAGGCGGUAGCUAUGUCAAUAGGAGAAGCCCUGCGGUUGACAUAGUGCUGUUUACACUGGGGAGUAGAUUGGUAUAAUUGCGUUGCUCAGGGGUAUGGAUUUUUCACACCUUUGAACGACAUAGUUACAUAGUGAUGCAAGUUUAUACUGUAGACCUGGCCUGACACUAGAACAUAAGAGGUACAGUUUAAUACCUUAUCCUCAGUUGCUUAAAACCUCAAAGAACUGUAUACUCUUUUCCCUGCAUAUUAUCUCAGGAAUAGGUGCUUAUAUAGACUGGGAAUAGUACGAAUUCCAAGUAACUUGGUUACUGUCAAUGUGUGGAAAAUAAUACGGAUGUUUUUGUUUUAUUAUGAUCCGUAUAUAACAUAAAAAAAUUAAGAGGUGAUACGUGUGAAUGUAUUACAGGGUUGCAUUUCCUGUUUUACCAUAAGCAAUGUUCGAGAGGAGUAAUCUCAGUGUUUUUGAAAGUGGCUGUCACUCCAAUAAUGCAAGCUCCCUUCCUAGAGAGAAGUUCACGUGCAGUUUUAUAGUAUUUCAAAAUUUUAACCAUUUUCAUUUUUUGUAAAUUUUCAGAAGCUGCUUUCAAGAGGUAUUAUUGAUAUGCAUUGCUAAACUUUGACUUUCAGCAGGUAAAACAUUCAAGUAGAAUCUGUUCCAGCAUCCAGCUUUUAUGGAAAUUCUAAAUUUUUGCUUCCUAUUGAAUUUUGAUUUUACUCAUAUAGCUGUGAAACUUUGUGCAAAGAAGGUAAAUUGGAAGAGCAAAUAUAUUUGUGUCUGCCACACUGAAAUCUGCAAAGCAGUCUUUGAAGAAUUUUGACCAGUUGAUAUCUUGAAAGUGUAGUUUGACUUCAUCUUAAAUUGCCUUUGAAUUAUUUCUUUAAAGAUAACUCUUUCUACUUCAGUCCAUUCAUUUAAAGGGACACUGUCAGGUAGUUUAGGCUCAACCUAAGUCUUCUUUUUAAAAUUUUAUAAUCUCCAGUAAAAUAAAAUUAAAACUUUAAAUUUAUCUGGAUUAUAGUCUUCAGCAGGGUCUAAUACAAACAUGGCAGCACUGUGCUAGUAAUGGAGACCAGAAAUGAAGUUGAUUAGUCUCAUUUCCCUGAGCUUACAAUUAAAUGGAAAAACUAAAGAAUAUAAAUUGUGAGAAAGAGAAAGAAAUUUACAUUUCUGAAAAGGUUCAGUGCUGUUUAAUCUAGAUCAUGAGUUCUCAAACUGGGGGUCAGGAACCCUCGGGGUCAUGAGGUUAUUACACGAGGGGUCCCGAGCUGUCAACCUCCACCCCAAAUCCCACUUUGCCUCCAGCAUUUAUAAUGGUGUUAAAUAUAUUUUAAAGUGUUUUUAAUUUAUAAGGGGGGUCGCACUCAGAGGCUUGCUAUGUGAAAGGGGUCACCAGUACAAAAGUUUGAGGCCCACUGAUCUAGAUGGUAUUAACACAGGUAGACAAAUAGGGCUAUUUUUAGCCUGACAUUGUCCCUUGAAAUCUCUUUCUACUCUUUGCCACCAGAAGUUCCUUAGUGCUUUAAGGUCAAGAAAUCCUUCUUGCCACCCCUGGGGAGUCAGUCUUGUAAUCUCCAGUCCCGGUUCAAAAUCUUCUGGCUCUUUGAAAUAUGUGGUAGUACUUUAAAUGCAAAAUAAAAAUCUAUUAAAUAAUAGAUAGAAAAGCUUACUAUACAUUGAAGGGGGAAAAACUAUUAAACAGUAUGUUCAGAGUAACAAAUGUGUUCUGUUAACAGUGUUUUUUAAAGCCGUGGACCAGUUACUGACUACCAUUGUUCUAUCUUGCCAUUGGUAAAAUUUUAGUCUACCAGAAACUUGGUGAAAGUAGUGGAUUGAAAGAUGUAGUUUAAAACAUUAGUCAUUCCUAAUUACUGUUUAAUAGUUUUAAAGCUGUAAAUAAAAGAGUGCAAACAAACUGUAUUUUUUUUUUCUGAUCACUGGCUCUGUGGAAUCUAACUUUGCAUGCUUUGCUGUUUUUUUGCCCCCUUUCUCACUUCCAGGAAGAGAGCCCCCUGAGUGUGUCUAGCCCAGAGUGUAUUG